UGUGAGCGUUCACAUGUUUUUAGGUCGACCAUGGCAGCCGAGCUCGAUGUGGCGAACUUGUUUGUGAUUGCCGGAGCGACAUUGGCUAUUCCCAUCCUGGCCUUUCUGGCUUCCUUCCUUCUCUGGCCAUCUGUGUUAAUCAAAGUGUAUUAUUGGUACUGGAGGAGGACUUUGGGCCUGCAGGUACGCCAUGCAGACUGUGGCGGUUAUCGCUUCUGUUACUCCUACAGAGGGAGGCCCGGGAUGAGACCUUCCAUCCUGAUGCUUCAUGGCUUCUCUGCUCACAAAGACACAUGGCUGACUGUUGUCAAGUAUUUACCAAAACACCUGCACAUUGUCUGUGUGGACAUGCCUGGCCACGAAGGGACGACACGCACUAACUCAGAUGAUUAUUCCAUUCAGGGGCAGGUCAGAAGGAUCCAUCAGUUUGUGGAAACCAUUCGCUUAAACAGGAAGCCAUUCCAUUUGGUUGGAACCUCCAUGGGAGGAAAUGUAGCAGGGGUUUACGCAGCCUACUAUGCUUCAGAAAUCUGUAGCAUGACUCUCAUUUGUCCAGAUGGUGUAAGGCAUCCAUGUGAAACCAAAUUUGACAACCACCUGCAGGACCUUGAACACAGCAACUACACGCUGAACAUCCCGCUGAUCCCCGAGACAACCGAAGAGAUGGAGGACAUGUUCAGACUGUGUUCGCAUGUUCGCUUUAAAAUUCCUCAGCAGAUUCUUCAGGGACUGGUUGAUGUCCGGGAACCCCACAACUCAUUCUACCAAGAAGUAUUCAUGGAGAUUGUUGGUGAGAAAUCAAGAUAUGCCUUACAGGAACAUUUACAUCUUAUUACUUCACCUUUACAAGUCAUAUGGGGCAAACAAGAUCAGGUGGUAGAUGUCUCCGGAGCCACAGUCAUUUCAGAGAUGCUGCCUGGAUGUCGGGUGGACCUGCUGGAUAACUGUGGCCACUCCGUGGUGAUGGAAAAACCUUGUCGGACAGCCAAACUUAUCCUGGAAUUCAUUAUCUUGCAACAAAAUGCCAGGGGUGGCACAAAGAAAUCUUCUUGA